GCUCCCAGCGGCUCGGCCGCCUCUCUUCUCCUCUCCCCGGCGCUCUGCUCUGCUCUGCUCUGCUCCGUCCCUGUGGCCUCGCUAGGCGUCGGAGCUUCCUGCGUGACAACAAAAGUGCCGAGUCUCUGUUCUCGACGGAGGGAUGGAUCCGCGCUUUCGCCGCUAACGGAGGGAGAAAUUUACAAAUUUAUGAACACUGGAAUAGCCCAUACUUGUUUGCGGCAUGAGCCAUGAGCCAAAGUCACCAUCGUUAGGAAUGAUCUCCACGGCGACCCGUACCACGGCGACGGUCAGCCCCCUCACCCCGUCACCUCUCAACGGUUCUAUUGUAGCCAAUGGAAGCCCGGCGACCCAGUCUGCUCACUCUGGAUUCGCUGCAGCCCUCCGUAAACUGGCAAAACAGGCCGAAGAACCUCGAGCUGCGUCCUCCAUCAGCAGUGAGUCCUCUCCAGUGUCCUCCCCGGCCACAAACCACAGCUCUCCAGUCAGUACACCCAAGAGGGGUCCCCUUGGUCCAGGGCCUGUCCUGGUUCCCCCAGCUGGCCACAGCGUGCCAAACACUCCACCUGUAGUCACCAUUGCUCCAACAAAGACUAGCAACGGCCUCUGGAGGAACGAGGGACGCCAGGCUGACUCGGGGCCUCGUGGGGCCAGCAGGGAACGUUUGGGUGCAGAGGGGACCCUCCCCCAGGAAAAGGGUGGCCCCUCAGUCCCUGCCCACCUCCUGGGAAACCCCUAUGCCUUUGGCCUCACCCCUGGUGCUGUCAUGCAGGAUUCACGUUUCCAGCCCCUUAAUCUGCCCAGACAGUUGCCUAAUGCAGUGCCCCCUGGUCCUGUACCAGAAGAGUACCUCCGUGGUUUCCGGCCCUAUGCCACGACUGAGGAUGCCCUCCGUAUGCCCUCUUUGCCCUUGGGCCUGGACCCUGCCACUGCAGCUGCUGCAGCUGCCUACUAUCACCCCAGCUACCUGCCCCACCCCUCCUUCACACCAUACAGGAUGGAUGACCCAUUCUGCCUCUCUGCUUUGAGGUCACCUUUCUAUUCGCUGCCAACAGGGGGAGCUUUACCCCCCAUCCAUCCCUCUGCUGUUCACAUGCACCUACCAGGGGUCCGCUACCCUGGAGAUUUCACACACCCUUCACUGUCAGCACUGCAGUCUGAGAGGCUUCAGCUGGAGGAUGAGCUGCGGCAGAGAGAGAGGGAGCGCGAACGAGAACGUGAGCGCGAAAAGGAGAGGGAGCGCGAGGCGGAGAGAGAGAAAGAGCGGGAGAGAGAACGGGAGAGGGAGAGAGAACGUGAGAAGGAGCUGGAGAGGGAGAGGGAGCGUGAGCGAGAAAGGGAGCGCGAGAGGGAACGGGAGAAGGAGAGAGAAAGAGAGAAGGAGCUGGAGAGGCAGAAGGAGAGAGCGCUGAGGGAGAAGGAGCUGCAGGCAUCCAAGGCCAUGGAGAGCCACUAUCUGGCUGAGCUCCAUGCCAUAAGGGGGCAGGAGGACCGAACCAAGCCUGAGAGACUCACCCCUAAUCGGGCUGAUAAAACCAAAGAGCCCGCCCUUCCAGCUCCCAAACCCGUACCGCCAGGACUACACUCUUCAAUGGUUCAAUCCCAUCAUCCCGUCCCUGGGUUGAUCUCAGGCCACGGUCUCUACAUGGGCCCCAGCGCUGUGGGGACUGGGCUCCCGGCCUCAAUGAUUGCUCAGAGGAACAAUGAGGAGGAGAGGUGGUUGGCACGGCAACGCAAGCUGCGGCAGGAGAAAGAGGAUCGUCAGUACCAGGUGUCUGAAUUCCGUCAGCAGGUUCUGGAGCAGCACUUGGACUUGGGCCGGCCAGCUGACGCACCAGAUCACAGGACAGACUCGCACAGACCCAUAACAAAUCACCAUGAACCAGGAAGCCGGGAUCUCCACCCUCACUUAGGCGCCCCUCCACCCCUCAUCUCCCCCAAACCUCCACAGCCACCACGUGAACACCACCCUCCGCCACCCACCACCCUGUGGAACCCUGCAUCUCUUAUAGAAACAGCCUCAGAGUCCAGACGUAACCACGAGCCCUCAGGGAUGGGACACUAUGAGCUCAGUCGGCUGCCCCCAGGGCCCUCCAAAUAUGAGGAUGGAGCCCGAAGGAGAGAUGGGGGAGCAAUGGAAAAGUAUCCCUCACUGAGAGGUCCUCCGGGCCUGACAGAGCCCAGCACAUUCCUAGCUGAUCUGGAGAAAUCCACCCAGUCCUUCUUCAGCCAGCAGAGGUCAUCGCUGUCCCUGUCUAGCCAGUAUGAACUGGAGGGAGCUGUGAAAAGCAAUGCUGGAAUAAAGAGCCUCCAGGGACACCCGGGGCACAGUAGGCAUGGACAGGGGCUAGGAAUAAUUGCCGGGCCAGGGAUGGGACAGGUAGCUACACUGGGGAUGGGCCCGGAGACGAUGCUGAUCUAUGAUGAGUACCUACAACAGCACCGAAGGCCUGUCAGCAAGCUGGACCUGGAGGAGAAGAGGAGAAGGGAGGCCAGGGAGAAAGGUUACUACUAUGAGCUGGAUGACUCAUAUGAUGAGAGUGAUGAGGAGGAGGUGAGAGCUCAUCUCAGGAGAGUAUCAGAGCAGCCCCCACUCAAACUAGAAGACUCCACAGAGAAAUUGGAAUUUCUGGGAGUGUUUGGCCUGACCACAGUGGGCCGGCGGGAUGAGCUGGUGCAGCAGAAGAGAAGGAAGAGGAGGAGGAUGCUCAGGGAGCGCAGCCCCUCACCACCUGCCUUGCAAUCAAAACGCACUCCUCCUCCGCCUCCUCCUCCUCCACAACUCAGCACGCGCUUCACCCCUGAGGAGAUGGACCGAGCGCCAGAGCUGGAGGAUAAGAAGCGGUUCCUCACCAUGUUCAGACUGUCCCAUGUCACUUUGCAGCAGAGAAGAGAUAAUGAAAGAGUGGUGGAGUUGCUUCAGGCCAUUAAAGAAAAGAGCGUAACCUUGGACACCAUCAGACAUGCCCCUCAUCCGCUGUGUAAGAGCCCUUCAGCACAGAGCUCUGAUUCUGCAUUUGCCCAGCCUCCCUCUGAAUCAGAGGACCACCACAAUGUCAGACCACAUAGCCCCUCCUCACAUUGCCCAGCGUCCCCCAAUGGCCAUCCAAAACCCCUUGGGGACACAUUAAGACCAAAGGAACCCCCUUCUCCAGCUGUCUAUCCAGACAAGGCCCGGGGGCCCAGUGAAGGACCGAUAUCUAAGAGGAGCUCCAGUCUGCUGAACAGCUUGCGGCCCCCACUCCCCCUUCAGGCUAAAGAGAGCCUUCACAGCGUCAAUGGACGCACCAAACCUUGGGACAGCUUCACCCCGGAGGAAUUUGCCCAGCAGUUCCACGAAUCUGUGCUUCAGUCCACUCAGAAAGCUCUUCAGAAACACAAAGGUGGAGCCACUGGGAUGUCGGAGUCAUCCCACCUCCAGGAGUCCUCUGUUCACUACAACAUUCCGGAGCUUCAGAGCACCCCUGGGCGACCACCGCAGCCACAUUCACAGUCUCACUCGAAUGCACAUUCAUUUCCCCAUCCGCUCUCACACUCUCAUCCUCAGUCCAACGGGCAGCACUUCUCAGUACCGCUACACCGGGAGGCCUCAGGGACGAGAGAGGACCUGUCUGGGCCAGAGGACUCUGAGGAAGAAGAGGAUGAGGAGGAAGAGGAGGGUCCUUCUUCCAAGUGGCAGGGGAUUGAAUCUAUAUUUGAAGCUUAUCAGGAAUAUGUUGAAGAGCAAAGUUUAGAGCGACAAGUGUUGCAGAGCCAGUGUCGAAGACUAGAAGCUCAGAACUACAACCUCAGUCUGACUGCUGAGCAGCUGUCGCAUAGCAUGGGGGAGUUGAUGUCCCAGAGACAGAAGCUGGCAGUAGAAAGGGAGAAGUUACAAGCAGAGCUGGAGCACUUCAGGAAGUGUUUGACGCUGCCACAGACACACUGGCCGAGAGGCAGCCAUUACAAGGGCUACCCACCCAGGUGACCCCAACACGCAGACCUGAUGGCCCCCAGGCCACCUCCCUUUUCAGACUGACACCCAGAGUUUAUUUUUCAUGGCCUGUUCCACAUGGCUCCACAGAGGAGAAUAUGGCGGGCCAGAUAAGAUGAAUGAAUGAAUGAUUGAUUGAAUUGAGUGAAUGGAAAGACGAAUGCACGGGAGACAGGACCAUUCAGUGAAGGACAGGCAGUCUUUGGAUUGUGGCCAGCCAGGGACUGCGCCACAAGCCACUAACGUGUGCCAAUGUAGCCAACCCCGAGAUCAGCGCGAGUAUAGGGCAGGAGUACCUGAAGAUCAACACAAACACACACAUGCACCUGCUUUUCACAUACUCUUCAGUCCCUGCUGCUCUAUUGUUCAGUCCCUGCAUCCCUCACCGCCACAUCUACACAGACAAUCCUGCCAAUGAGGGAGCAGCCGCCCCAGGAGGGGUGCCGUCAAGAGACUUGAAAGCUCCAAAUCUCCAAACGAAGGCUUCUGGCCAGUUGGGACUGAUUUUAUCACAGUGGCCACAUGAGCUUUUGAACUGGAAAUGCACUUAAGAAUAAAAGCUGAAGAACUACCUGGUGGUACUGUGUUACAACAAAGAACUGUUCAAAUUAGGGAAGAACUUAGAAAAUGCACAUUUUUUGGAAAGAAUUAAGGAAAUGUUUUAUUUCGAAAUAGAAAAUUUGAGAAUAAGAAUUUUAAAAGGUGCUUCGGCCUUGUAUUGUAUAUAAAAUGAAGACUUAAAAGAAUUUUGUAUGUUUUUAUUACUUUAAUCAUUGUUCUUUUAAAAGAAAAAGCCUGCCAUUUUUAUAUGUUUAUGCUUUUUGGGUUGGAAAAGAAAGCCUUGCUUUUAGUGUUUGUACUGCUGCUGGCCAGAACAGCUCAUUUUGAGACAUUUAACAGAGUGAGAGAAAACAGGAUGCACUCCUCCUCCUCUUACUCUCUCCUGGCACUGCGCAGCUGAGACCCAGCCACAGCCAUCUCAUCUGGCCUCUGAGCUCAGCAAAGCUUACUCAGAGGUCAUGAGACAUGGCUCCUGCCCUCUCAUCCCCCUUACUUCACAGCAACAUUUGUCUGUCUGUUUUGAUGCCCAUUUCAACAACUCCUCCAGUCAGCUUCACUGCUGCUGGCAUGACUAGUUAGCUUGUGAUAUUCUCAUACCAACUGGUUUCUCAUACAGAAACCAGUUGAAAUCCAGCGUCAAAAUUAGGAUUUUUUUGUUUGUUGUUUUCUUUUCUUUUCUUUUUUUUUUACUUGGGUCACUUGACUUACUUGAUUACUUUGUAAAGACAUGAAGAGUCUCUUAAGCAGCCAGCUGAUGAAACUGGUUCUUGAUGCUUUAUCCUACCAUUGGACCUUCACCUCACUUUGUAUGACAUUAUAUAGCAUUGGACUCAAACAAUAUGACGUUUUGAAUAAUGUUACGCCUUACAAGAUCAAGCCCUUAACAGCAGUCAUGAGAGGACACAGUGCCAAACUGAAAAACAAACAGUAGCAUCUUGGAUUCUUAAUUUUAAUUUGAGUUGCAAUUAGGUAGCCAAACAUUCAAACCAGAAUGGCCAUCUUCCACUGCUGAAAACCUUUGACCCCACUCAUCUCCUUCCUGCAUUUCCCCAUUGUUUAGGACCCUUGCUAUCCAAAGUUGCCAAUGUUAUAAAUAGACUGGAAAUCACACAAAAGUUUGAUUCAAACAGGGCAUUUCCUAGUACAUAUAAAAUCAGAGAGGUUUGAUCUACCUGGCCUCAUACCUGUUUACAGCCUGUCUGCCCUCAUCCUCCUUGUCAGCUCUGCCCUGAGAUUCUGCCAGUUUUACACUGACUUUCUAUCCUGUAACUCAUGUUGCCUCAGCCUUGUGGUUGUAUGUGCGACUAGAGACCCCAAAAGCCGUCUACGAGGCAUAGAGAUCGUUGUAAUGAAUUUAAAUGUUAAGUUAUGGUGGUGGGAUAAGCACGAUUUCAGUAUUUCAAAGUAAAAUGUGCAGAAAGCUAAUUUAUUAAAAAAAAAGACUAAAGCACAACUACCCCAAACAUACAGUAUAUGAUUUACAAGUGCCUCAAAAAAUUUGGGAGCAUGUGAAUGAGUUGGGAGUCCACAUGAUGGACACAUCAUCAAUCAGUGAUAAGGCACUUAACAUUUUACAUUGAAGUGUCUACUGUAUGUCUCACUCCUUUCAAAUAUGUGCAAGUUGAGAACGGGCACAGAAUUCCUUUCAUCUAAAAGCAUCGUCAAGAAACAAUUAAAUCAUAAGAUCUUUUUCAUAUAUGAGGCCUGAGUCAGUUCAGAGGGAUACAGUGUAGUCUGUCAUUUUUACAGAGCAGAAAAGAGCCAAGAGCGCAGCUUAUCAGUUAAUGAGGGAGCACCUAUGCUGAGGGAAGCUGCCAAUGAGCUGGGGAUGAAGGUGUAGUGCAGUAAGCCCCAUUUACCCAGCAUCCCUGUGUCUCCAACCCACGCACGCCCAUGCAAUAGCCCCAUUACUCAGUGGAGGAUGUCUAGAUGCUGUGAAAUCCUGUUUUUAAAAUGUACUUGUUUGAAUUCAUUGUAAUGUAAUAUAUUCUUUGUUGAAUGUAGUAAUUAGGUAUUUAUGAAUAUAUGGCUGUGAUUUCAGACAAAAAAGAAAAUAAAAUAUUUCAAAAAUGUUAA